AUGGUUAAAGAUUUCAUAACUCCAGAAGGGAUAUGGGACUCAAGGUUGAUUAGAGAAAGGUUUGAAUGGAAAGAUGCAACGGCAAUCUUGUCACUGGAAACACCUAGUUUGCAUCAUGAUGAUCACAAAUACUGGAAGUUUCACCCAACGGGAAAGUUCACGAUAAAAUCAGGAUAUGCUUUUUUAUCAGGCUUUACUCAAGAGAGCCAACAUCAACUUGGAACGUUAUCCAAACUUAUCUGGAAGCUGAAAAUCCUCCCAAAAUGGAGGGUAUUUCUUUGGAAAUUGAUCCAUAAGGCUUUGGCAACUAAGGAUAACCUGGCUCAUCGAGGCAUGGUGGUUAACAAUGAAUGUGACUACUGUGGUGCAACAGGAGAAUCGACCCAACAUAUUUUUCGAACAUGCAGCCUUGCAAAAUUAGUUUGGAAAUUAAGCUCCCUUACUAUUUUCUUGGACACCAAUGGAACCAUUAGCUUUGAGGAAUGGUUUCAACGAUAUAUCCUGCUUUUUCAUAGCGAGGAUGGUAAGGACAGUCAGAGAAUCGACAUCUUUGUGGCGGUUUUAUGGAGUUUAUGGUUGGCUAGGAAUGCUAGAAACUACAAAAACGAGGAAAUACAUGCAAGGGGAAUUCUGUUUGGUGUAUCUCAAGAAUUACACAAGUGCAAUAUUUUCAAGAACAACAGACCGGGAGUGGAGAAUAUUGAUGCUUCCUUAAAUUCUCAACACUUAGUUCAACCACCUGGAUUCCUCCAUGUUCAACUUGGCAAGGAACAAUCCUUUUAUCCUAACUUUGUUUUGCAGGUUGAUGGUUCAUGGGACAAAAACACUAGAAAAGCGGGCGCAGGAUGGGCUAUCUUUAAUCCAACGACAAAGGAGACAACGGAUGGAGGAGGAAGCUAUGAUUUAGCACACACACCCUUACAAUUGGAAGCACAUGCAUGCCUCAAAAGUAUCUUAUGGUGCAAGAAUCAAGGGCUGGAUGAGAUUCUAAUAUUAACGGAUUCAGCAAACCUACUAUCCAAUCUGGAGUUCACAACAAAGGAGCCACACAUUACCAUACUACGGACAUUAGCCCAAAUCAAGGAGGCGGCUUCUAAUUUCAAGGCAUGUGUCAUCAUUAAAGCUGAUCGACAACAAGUCCGGAGGACGCACAUCAUUGCCAACAACUGUCGUAGAUACGGGAUUUCUUUUUCGAGUAACAUAGUAUAA